CCGAGUAUUGGGGUCUUCGACAGUACACACUCGCACAGUCGAAAAGCUUUGGGGUUCCGAUCUCAAAGUUUUUGGCGGCCCAUUUUUAGAAAAUUCAAAUUAGCAAAAACGCAAUCUACAGUUUUUUUUUUCGUAUCUCUGGAGUCUGGAGGCAUGCGGACGGAGAGGAAGCAAAAUUAGAAAAGUCUACAGCAGAUCUACGGCAGAAAGUAUUCAAAAAGAGAGAUGAAUUGCAUAAGUACGGAGCACUAAGUCCAGUUCAGGACACAGUAAAUCCAACAACAAAAAGAGCUGAAUCUAUUUCUUCUACCAUACUGUGAGACUUAGGCUAUCCUCAAUACCAGACAGUCAUUUAGUCAAUUCUAUUCUUCAGAGACUGACCAAGGCAGAGAGUAUGUUCUGAUCAUAAGUCGCAAAUGUCAAUGUCCUCAACAAAAGCACCAUCAGAAUCUGAUACCAGUAAUAGCCACUAUAUGGAAGUUGUUUCAUCAAGAGUUUCUGGUGCGUGAAAGCUCUUUUUGCUGGCAAAAAUGAUGGCUCAAAGACACAUCUCUGCAAGACCUUCCAAAUUUUGACCUUGGAAUUUAAGCAAACAUCAACAUCACAUUUACACCUAAAAAGGUAAAUUUCCCCUUUUUACCUUAUUCUUUCUAUGACUUUUGAAUUUCAAAAAUUAUUACUUUCCAAACCGAAGUUUAAGAAUUAGAGACUAGGCAUUUCUUUGAAUUGCUUGAAUCUGCCUAGCAAGGUUUAUUUUGGUGUAAAUCCAUCUAAAGACAGUUCUGUGAAAAUAUGAAUGACAUAAGAUAUGAAGUUAUAUGUUCUAUACUGGAUUUAAUCCAGGGUAUCGUAGAGAUAUAAGUUGAUUUCUGUCUUAGAAGUUAAUAAGAAAAUUUAGUGUAGACGAAAUAGGAGACUAGAGUUCUUUAGCCAAAAACUGUAAGAGCCACAUAACUGUAACCUUAAAAGUUAGUAUGUGUCUGCUUCGACCAAGAAAACGAUUUUGAAAAGUUCAGGGGUCUUCAUAUUUUGUAUUUUAGCAAAGCUACAUCAAAUAGUUUUAUAAUCCCUAAACUCAUCCAUUUAGAAUCUAAGUUAGUGAUAUCUUUUGAUCAUUCCCACUAUGAGCGAGGGAGGUCACCUCUCAGGAUCCACUAUCACCAGUGAUAGAAAUAUACAUAAAUAUUUUUUAUAGAACCUACUGGGAUUAUAGAUAUUUCUGUUUUAAUAUACAUGCGAGGCUUAUUUUAGUCUCUAUAUGCGUAGAUGUUCUUUCCCACACUAGCUAUUAUAUUUAAAAUGGUAUGGGAAGUUUUAGCGAAUUCGAUAGUAGACCUCAACAGAAUGAGCAAUAUAUAUGCCAUACUAAAAGGGCCAAGUUGUUGAUAAACAAACGUAAAAAUACAAAAAGCUGUCUAUCACUAAAGGGAAAAGGGAAAAAACUGAUCAAUGUGGGUCACAAAUCAAAUCCUAAAUCAAGAUAUUUAUUUGGGGGUCCUAGGCACAAUCAUCUUGGUAAGUUUAUGUGUCAGUCUAUUAAAAGAUGUCAAGAAAACUUAUCUGCUUUUGCUGGUAGUGAAAAAUUCUUGUUCAAAAAGUAUAAACACUAUUUCCCUAAAGUUAACAGAUUUGAGAAAUGAAGUUACUGGUUGACUGUUCAUUUGUGUUUGAGUUGAGUAGUUCACUAGGAAAUCUUCUUUGGAUGAAAUGUGAAAAGUUGGCAGGAUUGUCUUGCUUAAACUAAAAUCAUAUAAUCUCGGUAAUUAACAAAUAUUGGUAGGUUAUUGACUUAUUUCAAAUCUUAUUAAAUAAAUAAAUGAAAAUUCUUAGAUUUGAGUUGAGAAUCUUGUCCUAAUCCAAGUGAAGAGGCCAUAGGUAUAGAUAUAUUUAUUUAAGUAAUCACCACUUUUCUAAAAGAGAAGAAUAUAAGAAAUGAAAGCUUACAGAAGAUGUACAUAGUAACAGUGUGGUUGUAUUUAAGUGGGGUUGGUCUAUUUGUUGAAGUUUGUGAUUGAUUUUUACUGCUUGCUUGGACUUGAUCACCAAGAAUUCUAGAUUUUGGUGUAGAAACCUAGUUUCCAAAGAAAACUUUUACAUAUGCUUUUGUUCAUUCUUUUCUGGGGAAGGGUAGGCAAAAGAAGAAGCAUAUGAUUUAUGCUUAGCUAGUGUCAAAUAAUCUAAUAACCAAAAAUGAGUCAGCAAAUGAAAUGAUGGGUUUUAAUAAUUAUAUAGGUCCCAUGUUAAUGAGGAUUGAGACAUUUGAAUCUAAUCCUUAAGCAUUAUAAAGUUUCUAUUCAUCUUGUUUAGUGGAACCUCAUCACCUGCUUAUUCACUUCUUACCUUUUCAUUAUAUUAAAAGAGCCAUGAGGAAUAUAUACCCUUGUAUAUUAUAUAAAAAGGCUCUUUUUAUCCACUGAUGAUGUACAUAAACAUGUAUUCAUGUUACAUGUGAUAUGUGUACAUUUUAAAUUUCUUAUGUCAUCAGAUCUAGCCCCUAUUCUUAGACUAUAUAAGUAUAUAUGUUGAAUUUUGCAUUGGAAGAGGUAAAAUAUCUUAUCUAACAAAUAAACUGGUUACAAGUUAAAAUAACUUGCAAUUUGGUAUAUAAACAUGCAUUUCAAAUUUUCAAUAGUGUAAAAGUUGCUUUUAUUUUACUAAAAAGAAAGUUUUAGAUAUUUUAUAUUAUUAUAGAAUCUCAGUCCAAAUCUGAUAUGGUUGCACAGUUACCUGCUUUUGGUUAGAUAUACACAUACACAGGAUAUCUAUAUAUAACCUCCUCUUGUGCCUCCUCAGCUCCCAUCAAAACCCUCAUUUCUCAUUUGUGUGUUUCCUUUCAUUUUCUUUUUUUUGUUGAGUUUGAUUUCAAAAAUUAACUUUUGAAGUCAUGGUUGAUCCUCAAUCACCGAUCACACCACACCUAUACCCACAAGCAAUUCAACUGAAACUCUACCAAGCCUUCAUCUUCUCAAUUCCAAUCUUAUUUUCCAUCAUUCUCUUCCUAUUGUUCUAUCUCUUUUACCUCAAGAGAAGAGCCUCUUCUCUCUCCUCUGCUCCCAUGGUUCUUCCUGUUUCCUUGAGCCACCAGUCUUCUUCUCAUCUCCCUUCGAUUUGUUUGUUAGAUGUGAAAUUAGAGCUCAAAGAAAAGCUUCAUGUCGUUUUGUUCAAUGAAGAACUAGGAACAAGAGAUUCUCUAUGUUGCGUAUGUUUGGGAGAAUUCGAGUUGAAGGAAGAGUUGGUGGAAAUACCUUCAUGUAAACACAUAUUUCAUAUGGAUUGUAUACACCUUUGGCUUUAUUCUCACAAUACGUGUCCUCUGUGUCGCUCCUCUGUUUCCAUCUCCUCCACCAAAACCGCUGUGGAGGACGACAACGACCAUCCAGACUCUCCUCAAACUUCACCAGUGUGACUCAAACCCCGAAUGAAAUAAAGAAAACACA